AUGUCUUUUCCUCCAUUUCAUUCCUGGGGACUUCUUGUCUGUUCAUAUAUUCCAUUCAUUGAGUCCUCUUGUCUCUUCAUCCCAUUUCAUUCAUGGUGUCCUUGUGUCUUUUCCUCCAUUUCAUUCCUGGGGACUUCUUGUCUGUUCAUAUAUUCCAUUCAUCGAGUCCUCUUGUCUCUUCAUCCCAUUUCAUUCAUGGUGUCCUUGUGUCUUUUCAUUGCAUUCUAUUCAAGAGGUCAUCUAGUUUUUACAUCACAAUUCAUUCAUGGAUCCCUCUUCUUUUUUAAUCCAAUGCCAUUCAGGGAGCCCUCUUGUCUUUUCAUCCCAUUCUAUUCAUGGAGUGUUCAUGUCUUUUCCUCCCAUUCCCUUCAUAGAAUGCACUUUUUCUUUUCACCCCAUUCCAUUCAUAGCGACCACUUAUCUCUUCAUUCCAUUCCAUUAAUGGAGUGCCCUUGUCUUUUCUUCCUAUUCCAUUCAUGGAUUCAACAUAUUUUCAUUGCAUUCCAUUCAUGGAGUGCCCUUGUCUUUUCACCCCAUUCCAUUCAUGUAGCCAACAUGUUUUUAUCCUAUUCCAUUCAUGUCUUUUCAUUGCAAUUCAUUUAUGAGUUCCUCUUGUCUUUUCAAGCCAUUCCAUUUAAGGACACAUCUUGUCUUUUCAUCUGA